GGCCACCACUCUUAUUUUCGCACAAAUUGGUGUGCUGUUUGUCUCCUCUCAUUAUAGGAGCUAUCCUCAACCAAAUAACGUGUAUGAGGUGUCCUUGGAUAGCUUUUGAAGUCUAUUUUUAUAAUUGAGUGGUCUCAGUUCGAGAGGAGAGAGUAAUCAUCCAAAAAUCGAUCUGGAACGAGCAGUGGUCUGUGAACUCGAGCUGUGAGAGUGCUGAGACUGUUUGGUUGAUAUCUCGAGUUUUACCAAUCCAAUUAAGGCGUGUGAGAUACCAAAAGAAAGCUCUCAAGACGAGGAAUCCGUGAAGGUCUGGUUUGCAUCAAUCGGAGUAGAGGAAGGCUUCCAAAUCGUCCGAGCAGAACGCGACCUCGCAGGGACGGAUUUACUCUUCUAAGAAACGAGUUAACCGGAAAACACCCGUUCUAGGGGCUGUUUUCGUAUCAACGAUUAAGGGUUGAACUAGCACUUGGAGGAGGCUGUUUAACACUCAUAUUUGAGCAAGGAAUCGGUUCCAAAUCCACCUUGACCAAAUCUUUGACCAUUGGACCAAGAAGGGAAAGUUUAAAGCUCAAUUGAGGUUGAGGCUAGAGCUUGCUUCCUGUGCUCGUUGCCCGAGUGAUUUCCCCGGAGAGAAGACUUGAAAUGGACCGUGGUGGCAGGAUUACUAGGAGAAACCCAACUGGCCGUGUACCAGUGGAGACUGGACAGGGCAGUCGAAGGACCUCUAGGGCAUCUAGAGGAGCUGGCCGUGGAGGCCGAUCGCAGACCGUGAGUGACGGUCAUGUCGACACAGAGAGUGAAACCUACUGGUCCUAUGAGGACUCGACUUACCAACCGGAAACCGAGCCGGUCGAGACCCCUUAUGAAGGGGAUGAUGACGAUGUAAGUGAUGAGGAGGAAAAUGGCUCCUUGGCACGGAUUGAGGCACUACUCCAACAGUAUCACCGUGAGCGUGAAGAGAGGAGGCAACGCCGAAGACGCCGAGCGGGGCAGCCUUCGGGCAUGGCUUCAAGAGGAGGAAGUCAUGGUGCAUCUAGAGUCCAUGUGGAACCACAUGGAGGCCAAAAUGAUGGAGGUCCAACCAUAAGGAUCUCCAAAUUUAUCAAAGAAGCAAGGGACUUGGGGUGCAAACCCUUUGAUGGGGCAGGGGACAUUUCAGUUGCAGCACAAUGGAUCAAGAGGCUAAAUGAAGCAGCCCUUGACAUGCAAAUCGCGCCGAAUCUCAAACUGAGAAUUGCGGUAAGAUUGCUCGAGGGGAUAGCAUCCAAGUGGUGGGAUGGAACCAAGAGCAAGUACGGUGAGACCGUCGUUUGGGAGGACUUCCAACGGGAGUUCUUUGCCCAAUAUUAUUCUGAUUUUGAAGUAAACAAGAAGGUGAGGGAAUACACCCUCCUAACCCAAGGGGGUAACAUGACAGUGAAGGAACUUGAGUACAAGUUCCGGGAUCUCGCCGACUACAUACCGGAGUAUGCUUGUGACGAGAACCGAAUGGUAAACCACUUUUGGGAUGCUCUUGACUUGGAGAUACGUGAUAGGGCAACACAAUUGCCUAAUAUGACUUUCGCCCAAGUGGUUGACCAAGCGUUGAAAGGAGAGAAACAAUGGGAAGAAAGGAAGAAGAAAGACGCCGAAGAGGCGAAAAAGAGAAAGUGGGAGAGUCAUGGCUCUCAAGGUUCCAACAAGAAGGGGAAUCAUGGGGGAGGACCUUUCCGAGCACCACCGCCACCAUCUAGGGGGAACCAAGGCCCGAGUGGGCAAGGCUCGAGGUCACAAGCCUCAGUGGUAACUCGUUGCAACAAUUGCAAGAAACACCACUCCGGUAAAUGUCGUGACCCCCCUAGAUGUUUCCAAUGUGGGGAUGCCGGGCACUUGAAGGCGCAUUGCCCCCAGUUGGGUGGGGCAAGGACAUCAGGACCAAGUAGCGGGGCUGCGGGAAGUGGAAACCAAGCCGGGGGCUCCCAAGUAACCAGGGGGCAAGGGGGAGCAAGCGCGAGUAACGCGCCGUCCGUGAAUCAAGGAAGGACGCAAGCUAGAGUCUACGCAAUGACCGAGGCCGAUGCUCGGGCUAAUCCCGACUCCAUCGCUGGUAAUACAUUUAUUUUGGGCACUUUUAGGCUUACUUAGAUCAUGUACGUCGUUGGGAUUGAGUGCGGGCCACCCCGGGGCCAAACCGGGCGAGUUAGGCCAAAUCGGGCUGGAAACAGCCACUGCCGGCCAGGCACGCCUGCAGGCACGCCGUGCGUGGCACCGUGCCUGGGAGGCAGUGGCCUCGCUAAGGAGUUCCGGCCAGGCACGGCUGCAGGCACGCCGUGCGUGGCACCGUGCCUGGGAGGCAGUGGCCUCCUCGAGGAAAUUCGGCCAGGCACGGUCGCAGGCACGCCGUGCGUGGCACCGUGCCUGGGAGGCAGUAGCGCCCAGAGCUUCUUCCCAAGCCAGGCACGAUCGUGCCUGGCACCCAGAUGGCCGAGGAUAGAUUUUUCGCACCGUUUUGCGACGUUAAGACCCGUUCUUGAUCCCAAACACAUGUGUGAACAUAAUAAACCUCUCUAAAUGUGUAAGAAUGGUAGGAAAGGUAUCUUACAUGACUUAUAAAUGUAGGAACGCUAAAGAUUAAUGGGAAGGAUGCGCGAAUCCUUAUCGAUACCGGGGCGCAACGUUCAUUUGUGAAUGAAGCGUUCGCCAAGAGGUUGGGAGUGCAAUCCGCACCAUUGAUGCAAACCUUAGUGGUGUCAACACCACUAGGGGAUGACGUGGAAAGAACUUGUUACUAUCCAUCUUGUGGGGUGGAGGUUAAUGGUCAAACCUUGACGUGUGACUUCGUACCGCUGAGCAUGAUGGAAUUCGAUGCAAUCCUAGGGAUGGAUUGGCUAGAAAGGAACCAUGCUAGGGUAGAUUGCUACACGAAGGUUCUUGAACUCGAAGGCAAUGAUGGGGAGACCCUACGCUUCGAGGGCGAUCGAGGGAGAUCAAAUAGCUGCAUCAUAUCCGCCGUGAGAGCGAGAAGUAUGAUGAGAAAGGGAUGCCACGCAUAUCUAGCAUACGUGGUUGACAAAACCAAAGAAGAAACGAACAUCGAUGAUGUGAGGGUGGUUUGUAAGUAUCCGGAUGUCUUCCCUAAAGACUUACCGGGGCUUCCACCUGAUAGGGAGAUUGAAUUUGUGAUCGAGGUUGAGCCCGACACCAAACCAAUCUCCAUACCGCCAUACCGUAUGGCACCCGCUGAACUUAACGAGUUGAAAACCCAAUUGCAAGAGCUUUUGGAUAAUGGUUUCAUUAGACCCAGCCACUCCCCGUGGGGAGCACCAGUUCUUUUUGUGAAAAAGAAAGAUGGGACACUCCGAAUGUGCAUUGACUAUCGUCAACUGAACAAGGUCACAAUCAAGAAUAGGUAUCCGUUGCCUAGGAUUGAUGACUUGUUUGAUCAACUACGAGGAGCAACCGUGUUUUCGAAGAUUGACUUGAGAUCGGGGUACCAUCAAUUGAAGAUUAAGGAAGACGACAUACCAAAGAGUGCUUUCCGCACAAGGUAUGGGCAUUUUGAGUUCCUUGUUAUGUCGUUUGGGUUAACAAACGCCCCAGCGGCAUUCAUGGACUUGAUGAACCGAGUAUUCCAUAAAUACUUGGAUCGAUUCGUGAUUGUGUUCAUUGAUGACAUCUUGAUUUACUCAAAGAGUGAAGAAGAGCACGAAGAGCACUUGAUACUUGUUCUUGAGACACUACGGGAGAAGCAACUCUAUGCCAAAUUUUCUAAAUGUGAAUUUUGGCUAAAGGAGAUUGGCUUCCUCGGACACGUGGUUUCAGGAUCGGGAAUUGCUGUUGAUAACAAGAAGAUAGAAGCCAUUACUGAAUGGGAGAGGCCAAAGAACGUCAAGGAAAUUCGUAGUUUCCUUGGAUUGGCAGGCUACUACAGAAAGUUCGUGGAGAAGUUCUCUGUUUUGGCAUCGCCAUUGACGAAACUCACUCGAAAAGGAGCUAAGUUUGUAUGGGAUGACAAAUGUGAGAAAGGGUUCAUGGAACUAAAGAAGAGAUUGACUGAGGCACCGGUACUUGCAUUACCCAAACAAGGUGUGGGGUACGAUGUCUAUAGCGAUGCGAGCAUCCAAGGGCUUGGAUGUGUACUGAUGCAGAACGGGAGGGUAAUCGCCUAUGCUUCACGACAAUUGAAGAAGCAUGAGGUGAAUUAUCCUACUCAUGAUUUGGAGCUGGGGGCAGUGGUGUUUGCACUGAAAAUAUGGAGACAUUAUCUCUACGGGGAGACAUGUCACAUAUACACUGAUCACAAGAGCUUGAAGUACGUGUUUACUCAGAAAGAGUUAAACAUGAGACAGAGACGGUGGAUGGAGCUGAUAAAAGACUACCAUCUAGUGAUAGAGUAUCACCCAGGCAAGGCGAACGUGGUGGCAGAUGCUUUGAGCCGGAAGAGCUCGUCUGGGGCAUUGCUAGCUAAUUUGAGGGCAUUAAGAGCCCAACUGGAGGUAUCCAGCGAUGGUGCCUUAUUGGCACGAUUUGAGGUGAGACCUACUUUACUUGAUGAGAUCAAGAAGGGUCAGGAAACUGACGAAGAAAUUAUGAAGAUCCGGGAACGCAUGCAAGCGGGACCGGUGGAGGACUUCAGAGAAAGAGAUGACGGUCUCUUAUUACUUCGUGACCGAGUGUGUGUACCGGCAGAUGACGAGCUCCGAAAGUCCAUCUUAGAGGAAGCUCAUUCAUCGGCUUAUGCCAUGCACCCGGGGGGCACGAAGAUGUACCGUGACCUGAAGGAGAGUUACUGGUGGUCAGGUAUGAAGAGAGAAAUAGCCGAAUAUAUCAGUCGAUGCCUUACUUGUCAACAAGUUAAGGCAGAGCAUCAGCAUCCAGCAGGCUUAUUGCAACCACUUUCCAUUCCUGAAUGGAAGUGGGAACACGUGACUAUGGAUUUUGUGGUAGGGUUGCCACGGACAAUCAGGAACUAUGAUGCAGUUUGGGUUGUCGUAGAUAGGCUCACAAAGAGUGCACACUUCUUGCCUAUCAACACUACUUACCCACUUGAGAGGUUAGCCAAAUUGUAUACGGAUGAGAUCGUGAGGCUGCAUGGGGUCCCAGUGACCAUUGUAUCUGACAGAGACCCACGAUUCACAUCACGUUUUUGGCCAAAAUUUCAGGAGUCUAUGGGAACGAGGUUGAAGUUCAGUACUGCUUUCCACCCACAGACGGAUGGGCAGUCUGAAAGGGUCAUACAGAUCCUAGAAGACAUGCUGAGGGCUUGUGCAUUGGAGUUCCAGGGAAGUUGGGACAACCACUUAGCACUUGUGGAGUUUGCCUAUAACAACAGCUAUCAGGCAAGCAUCGGCAUGCCUCCAUACGAGGCAUUGUAUGGGAGGAGGUGCCGUACACCAUUAUGCUGGGACGAGGUUGGCAUGGCCAAACUCGAGGGUACUGAGUUGGUUGAGGUCACCAAAUCAAAGGUGAAGUUGAUUCGAGAGAGACUCAAAGCGGCUCAGGAUAGACAAAAGAGUUAUGCAGAUAAGCGUCGAAGAACCUUAGAGUUUAAGGUUGAUGAUGAGGUAUUCUUGAAAGUUUCUCCUUGGAAAGGGAUCAUUCGGUUCCAAACCCGAGGAAAACUUAACCCACGAUAUAUAGGUCCAUUUAGGAUUAUAGAGAGGAUUGGAGCCGUUGCAUAUCGUCUACAGUUGACUCCUGAGUUAGAGAAGAUACAUAAUGUGUUUCAUGUAUCCAUGCUUAAGAAGUAUGUGCAUGAUCCUUCUCAUGUGUUGGAGAAGCCGCCCGUGGAGGUACGUGAAGAUUUGAACUAUGCCGUGCAACCGGUAAGAGUUAUUGACAGAAAAGUGAAGAAACUGAGGAGUAAAGAAGUUCCAAUGGUUAAAGUCCUUUGGAAAAGUGACCGGGUCGAAGAAGAGACUUGGGAAACAGAAGCUUUGAUGAGGAAGCAGUAUGCAUUCCUAUUUGAGUAGAGCUGUGAAUUUCGGGGACGAAAUUCCUGUUAAGGGGGGGUGAACUUGUGACACCGCUCCCGAAGGUCCUUGAAAAUUUGAUUUAAAAUUCAAAGUUUAUGUAUUGGAUUUCUGAUUCCCAAACAUUUGUUAAACGAUUAAUGUUUUACGUAAUUAAUGACCGAUUAUUAUACUGUUCGAACUCGUAUAUUAGUAUCGGGCUUGCGAAUACUCAUUUUGGGCCCAACCUGCUAAAAAUAGCAAGUAUUCGAGAAUGGCGUUCUGGAUCCACUCGGGGGUGAC